AUGGAGCGUUCGCCUGUGGCCAGACGCGACACUGAAACCAAAUAUCUUGACAUCUAUGUGGACGAAAAGGAGCCCAGAAAUGGCAUUGAAGCUCUCCUGAAAGAACUGCGGCCACUUUGGAAACCGACGGAGAUUAAAUUGAAGACUUUCACCGAUGGAAUCACGAACAAGCUGUUCGGUUGCCAUGUAGAUCAAGCCAUGGAAGAUGUUGUUCUAGUAAGAAUAUAUGGCAAUAUGACAGAACUCUUUGUGGACCGCAACAAUGAAGUUAAAAGUUUUCAGGCUCUUCGUGCUCAGCAUUGUGCUCCAGAUUUUUACUGUACAUUUCAGAAUGGAAUGUGCUAUGAAUUCAUUAACGGCACUGUCUUAAACAUGUUGCUACUCAGGGAACCAUCCAUUUACAGGCUUGUAGCCAAGGAACUGGCUCGAUUUCAUUCUGUUCAAACUGAUAAUGGCUAUCCUUCUGAACCAGUCCUUUGGACUACUAUCUCCAAGUACCUGACUUUACUGAAUACCAACCAGGAAGACUCUCCACUGUACCUGUGUUGUCUGGAAAUGACUGACAUGCCAACUUUUGACAUUCUUGUCAGUGAAAUUGAAAAACUCAAAGAACACCUUUCCCAAAUUAAAUCCCCAGUGGUCUUGUGCCAUAAUGAUCUACUGUGUAAGAACAUAAUCUACAUUGAAGCAAAAGAACUCGUAAAGUUCAUUGAUUAUGAAUAUACUGGCUACAAUUACCAAGCAUAUGAUAUCGGAAACCACUUUAAUGAAUUUGCAGGGGUGAGUGAAUUGGACUUCAGCAUGUACCCACCUAAGGAAUUGCAGUUAGAGUGGCUUAAGUCCUACCUGGAGGUAUUUAAAGAGUGUUCUGGUUGUGAACCAAUGGUGACUGACCUGGAAGUGCUGAAGCUCUAUGUACAGGUGAACAAAUUUGCUUUGGCUUCACACUUCUCCUGGGGCCUCUGGGCUGUCCUCCAGGCCAGAUAUUCCACCAUUGACUUUGAUUUCCUGAGGUAA